AUGAAAGCAGGAACCGACAUGAAGAUUGCUGGGAAGGCAGUGUGUGUUUUUGUGCUGCUCACCAUCACCAAGGUCACGAGAACAAUAGGAAACGACAAAGUGACAGUGACAGUAGGUAAUAGCUCUGUGCUCACCUGCCCUCCCAAAUCAAAUAUAACUAUGGUAACAUGGAAAAUAAACCCCAAGGUUGGAGGCCCCUGCACCUUGGGAUACAGGGCUGAUCAGAACAAGACAGACAGAACAAACUGCAGCAACAGCAUGAACUGGAAAUGCAGACCAGAUCGGGAUCCUGCCCUUGAGAUACGGCAAGUGGGAAUAGCCCAUGAGGGAAAUUACACCUGCGAAGUAGUAGCAACAGAAGGGAAUUUCCACAAGACGUACCACCUGACCGUGCUAG